AUGGGUAAAAGCAAUCUCCAAGGCAGUGAUGAUAUACUCAUAGCUGCAAAGUCCAAGUUUGACAUUCUGAAAUUGAAAAAUCUUCUCAAUGCUGAGUUUGAUAAGGAUUUAGGUGCUACUCAAAAAAUUUUAGCUAAGCCUAUAGAUACUCCUAGUGCUAUAAAUGCUCGUUUGUCAUCUGUGCUUUCACCACAGUUUGAAGCUGAGAAGGAGUACAUGUCUCGAGUUCCUUUUACUAAUGUAAUGGAAAGUUUGAUGUAUGCUAUGGUCUAUACUAGGCCUAAUCAUGCCCAUGUUGUUAGUGUUGUCAGCAAGUUCAUGGGUCAACCUGGGAAGGAGCAUUGGCAAGCCGUUAAAAGGAUUUGUUGUUACCUUAGAGGCACGUCUGAUGUUGGUCUCGUUUAUGGGAAUUGCACAGAGUGUUUGGUGACCGAUUAUUCUGAUUCUGACUAUGCUGGAGAUGUUGACAGUAGCAAGUCCAUGACUGGCUAUGUGUUCACUCUGGGUGGUUCCAUUGUUAGUUGGAAGGCAACCUUACAGCCUACAGUUACUUUGUCUACUACUGAAGUUGAGUAUAUGGCCUUGAUAGAAGCUGCUAAAGAGGGAAUAUGGAAUCUUUGA